UUAACAUCAACAUACCUUAUUAUGUAUAUAAAUAUACAUAUAAUCCCUGCGCCUCUUAUCAUCCCAUCAUCACUGUUUAUUUCUGCAACUCAAAAUUCUCAAUGUCUACCGGUAACACAAAACAAUUGAAGGCCGAAGAGAUCACCGAACCAAGACAGUACAACACGGAGGAGCGGAAGAACGCGAUCAAGAAGUAUCGAAGCAAGCGUGACAAAAGAAAUUUCAGUAAAAGGAUCAAGUAUCAUUGUAGAAGUGAACAAGCCAAUGGACAACUACGAAUAAGAGGUAGGUUUGCGAGAAGAGAAGAUGCAGAGAAUGCACAGAUAAAUCACCGUCAUCAUCAUCAUCAUCAUCAACAACAACAACAACAACAACAAGUGUAUAUCUCUGGAGAUGAAGGCUAUAGUUUCAGCAGUGAAAGCUAUGCUUACAGUACUGAGAAUACAGAGAGUGGCGGUGAAGAAGAGUGGGCAAGGCAAAUGCAACAGUUGUGGUCCAUGAACUCGGAUACCUUCUAUCUUUGA